AUGGCAGGAACGAUGUCGAGAGAAGGUCAAAGGAAGGAGAAGGAUGGUUGGGGUAAGGAAAUUAUGAAGGAAAUUAUGAAUGAACUGAGGGAAAUGAGACAAGAACUCUUGAAAGAGGUAAAACGGGAAGGAGAGGAACUCAGACAAGAAAUGAAGCAGAUAAAGAGGCAGCUAGAGAGGAUGGAGAAAAGUCAGGCUCCAGGGAGACAAAGGAAGGAAAGUGGAGGACGAGGAGAAGCAGAGAAGAGGAGAGUAGACGAAAGUGAUGGCGUCGCAGACGUUGGGGAGAAACCCAGUGAGGAAGAGAUAGAAAGAGAAGAAAAAAUCCAUAAAGGAAGAUGUGUGGAAGAAAGAUCGAAACACGAAGGAGAGAGACGCACAGAAAGAGGAGGGGGUGACAAAGGACGGAGCAGAAAUGGACGGGAGGAGGUGACAAGUGAGGAGGAGGAGAGUAGCGAAGAAUCGUGGAAGUCUGACAGAAGAGAGGGCAAAGGAAAAGGCAAUGACACGCAUGAGAGGACAAUGGAAAGAAGAGGAGGGGACGUCAAAACGGAAAAGGAAAAGGAGCGUUGCGAAAAAGUGAGCGAAGAUGGAUCGGCAAGUAAGGAGAAAAAGAAGGAGCGGAGAACAGACGGGGAGACAGGUAGCGAAGGAGGUAGAAAAGCAGAGAGGAAAGGUAGAGGCGCAGAGAGUGUAAAGAGUAAUGCUUGGGAGAUGGUAAAGAGAAGAGAAGAGAAAGUGAAAAGUGAAAGGGAUAGAAGCGGUGCAGGACCAGUAGAAAGGAAAGAAUUUAUGGAGAUCAUAGCCGAGAUGGCGCUGGACAGGAAGGUGGGAGUGAAAGGCGUGGUGGAGAUAAAAGGAGAAGGAAAGAAGGAGUUACUGCUAGUGGAGGAGGAGGAGGAGGAGGAUAAAAAGAAGCUUUUUAGGAAACGGUGGGAAAUGAAGAAAAGAUGGGGGGUAAUGGUAAACGAGAAACUGACCAGAGAGGAAAGAUACGUGAGAUAG